AUGGCGAGCCCUGCUGUCAAGCCUGCGGUCGUUCCGGCAGCCCUGUCAGAGCACGCCAUCGCUGACGUGUGCGUUGUGGGCGGCGGCCUGAGCGGCCUGUCAACGGCGCUUAUGUGCGCCAAAGCGGGAUUGUCCGUCGUGCUCCUCGAAUCGCGUGCCGUGGGCGCUGGUAUGAGCGGCCGCAGCUCAGGCGCCGCCCCUGCGUGGGACCCGCAUGGCUUUGCCACAAUUCAGGGGCGCCACGGCCGCGGCGUCAGCCGCAGCGUGGCACGGGCACGGGGCGCGGGCCUCGACUGGGUCACGAAAACCGUGAGGAAGGAGAAGAUCAACUGUGGGUUCAAGGAGGUCCCUGCCUACCUCCUGGGUGGCAACGUGGACAAGGAGCUGGAGGCGUGCCGUGAGGUCGGCCUCGACGGCAGCACCUCCCACGAGGCCCCCGCCGGCAACAGCGCGGGCGCCGCGAAGGGGCUGAAGCUCAACCGCCUGCCAGGCGGCGCGGCGGAGCUCGACCCAGUGCGUUUUGCGCGCGGGCUGGCUGAGGCGUUGGAGCGCCACGGUGGGCGCAUCUAUGAGGGCACGCGCGUCAAGAGCGGCCCAUUCACGAUUUCAGGCAAGGUGGUCACCCUGGCCGCCAACAGCGUGGAUGGCCCAAUAGUCAGGGCUUCGAAGGGCGUUGUCCUGGCUACACACUCGCCUAUCAACAGGUCGCUGGCAGUGCAUUCACGCCAGUCGCCGUGGCGGACAUACAACAUCACCUUUGAGCUGCCCAAGGGCGCGUCUGGCGUCCCGGACGCCCUGCUCUAUUCCCUGGAUGGCCACCACGCGCGAGUUGUUGACAGCGGUGCUGGGCGCCGCCUGCUGCUCGUCGGCGGCGGCGACAGCGACCACGUCGUGGGUCAGAUGAGGGAGCGCUACGGCAACAAGCCGCCGUUCGACACGCUGGAAGCUUGGGCGCGCACCACAUUCCCGUCAGCAGGCCGCGUGGUGCAGCGCUGGAGCAGCGUGGUGUUCCGGCCCGCGGACAUCAUGGGCCUGUUUGGCGUAAACCCCCUCGACGUGGGCUCCCCCAAGACACGCCUCAUUACCGGCACCAGCGGCGACGCCGUGGUGGGUGCCGCCAUGGGGGCCAUGGCGGUGGCGGGUGACAUCCUGGGAGAGGCACCUGAGUGGGCGCGCGUGUUUGAGCCGUCGCGGCUGAGCAGCCUGGGCAACCUGGGCAGCCUGGGAGACCUGGGGACUGAAGUCGGGCUCAACGUCCGAGGUUACGCGCGCGUCCUGACGCCGACAUGCUGGCGUGAUGUGGUGGGGCUGGUGGCGCCUGGCAGUGCUGAGAGGGCCAUCAAGCCGGGGGACGGGCAGGUCGUGCAAGAGGGACUGCGCAAGGUGGCGCUGUACCGUGACGAGCAGGGCACCCUGCACCGCCACAGCGCACUCUGCCCCCACCAGCACGUGCUCGUCCAGUGGAACCCCGUUGACAAGACAUUCGACUGCCCCGGCCACGGCAGUGUGUUCGACCCCUGCGGGCGCUGCGUCAGCGGGCCCUCGUCGCGCGAUCUCGAGGACCUUGGGUGGCGGCGCGAGGACGAGGGCCGCGGGGAGGGUGGCGGCAACCUGGUCAAGUGA